AUGAAGAUGAUGGGUGGAAAUGAGAUCUAUCAUGAGUGCUUCCGCAUUCUUCAAGAAUCCUUUGCCAUGGUCACUCUUUAUUACAAGCAUCCCACAACGAAGGUGGCUAUUGUGGCCCAUGGCCAAAAUGCCAUUUCCUAUGCCAACUCGCAGAGGGAUUCCUUCGUCCAUCUUGUAAACGAACUACCGGACACCACUGCCACCAAUGAUGACACGGUGGCUUUGUCUCGCAUUGUGGAUAAGUUGACAAGGGUUCAACAGUGCCUUCGGGAUCCUGCAGCAGUCACAACCAACAUUGAUUCUUGCCAUCAAGUCUUCAGGGAUCUAGUCGAGAUGAAUGGCAGGUGGGAUUCUGCUGAUUGCGGAAUGGCAUUGGAGUUGGUAAAGAGCAGCUUUGAUCGCAGUCCGAAGGAUGCCGCCAGUCCAAUGUCAAAGCAGCUUGAGCUCUGUGGCAUUCCAGGCCGGCUCCUCCAGGCUCAAUGGGCACUUGGAAUCUACAUCGAGCAGACUUCCAGAAGUGCCUUCUCCAACUAUGAGAUGAUUGCCAUUCAAGAAAUGCACCCUCAAAACUAUCUUGAACCCUUCUUCAAGCUCUGGGGACUGCAGGUUUGUUGGAAGACAAAUGGGAUGCGAUGUGCCGGCGAGUCGAGGCGGUCCUCAAAGCACUACGGCAGGAGGCCAGAUUGCAACCAAAUGAUCCAGUGUUUGUAUCAGAAACCUGCACCGAUGGUGAGGAAGGAACUCACCUUGGGAUAUGGGCAAGCAAUCAGCGCCAUUGGAAAGCAGCAGGGAAACUAUCUCCAGAGCGGAUUGCAAAGCUCAAUGCCAUUGGCUUUGGAUGGGACCAUUUGUUGGAUAAUAAAUGGGAUGCGAUGUGCCAGAGUCGAGCCGGUCCUCAAAGCACUACGACAGGAGGCCAGAUUGCAACCAAAUGAUCCAGUGUUUGUAUCAGAAACCUGCACCGAUGGUGAGGAAGGAACUCACCUUGGGAGAUGGGCCAGAGACCAGCGCUAUUUGAAAGCAGCAGGGAAACUAUCUCCAGAGCGGAUUGCAAAGCCUUCAUGCUUGCUUGGUGGGGCAAUGCCAUUGGCAUUGGAUUGA